AUAUGUGCAGGAAUAUUGUGGUCUCUUGUUCAGCAUCUUUGAGGGAGAAAAUAUUUCCUCACCGUUUUUGCCGCGGCUUCGUAUUCGUCAUUAUGUGGUGGUAAUUAUCUUUAUAUCAUAGAGUGACCCUUUUUCGUUACCAUUUUUACAAACUUUCCCGUCUUCAUAGUCCUCAAACACUUCGUUUUGAAGGAUUUAUGAUUGCUUCAGGAUUUCAAGCUUGAGUUAAAAUGCUGGUGCCUAAUAGACUGGAAUCAUUAUACAAAUGGACUUUUAAAGAAACUUAUGAAGGCAUUCAGCCAUGCACGACUGGUCUGAGAUUUAUAACCAAACUCAUUUGAACAGGGAAUGAGAGUAGUAUAUGUAAAGAUCCCUAAUUGAAAUUAAUUGUGACAUGUUCUUGUAGUAGACUAAUAAAUCAAACUUAUUAUUGGUCCGUCCACCCUCAGAUGAUCUUCUUAUAAAAGUGUUUGCCUUGUAAAUAUUAGGGAAUAUUUGAACCAAAACCACUAGACCUUCUAAGGAAUCCUGAUCGGGACAGAACAAACGUUUUGAAACAUUUCAUGAUAAAGAGUGACAUUGGGUGAUAUGAAUAAAGACUAGUAAAUGAUUUUACUUCAGUUUUGUACAGAAAGGCCUAGUGUAAAUGUACAUGAGGUUUUCAGUAAAAGCAAUUGCUAGUCUUUAUUCAUAUCACCCAUUGUCAUGCUCACUUCCAAGGAAGGUAACAUGGCGCUUUAGACUACAGACAGCCCAUAUAGCCCAAUAAGUCCAAUCCCGAACUUAAAGAAGCCAGUUAUAGACUAGAGUGAGGCUGAAGUGAUUGUUGGUUCAAAUAUUCUUGAUACGUCCUUUGCCUCAUUCGAUUCAAUUAGGAUGAUGCAAUGGACAGCCUCGGGAGUCUAGAACAGAUUGGAUAGAAGACUUCUGAUGAGGAAGCCACUGGUUAGGAGAUGUGACUGAUCCAUUCGAAUUUGACAAUUUGACAAAGCCCAGGGAUAUUUGUACCAGUAUCUUUUGGAGUAAAAACACUUUCACAACUGUGUAGCAUGUAAGGACAGAACUAAGGAACAACCACGUCCAAGGCAAAUGAAAGACAAACUGGGGAUAAAACUUGACACACUUAAAUCAGGGAUGAUUAGUCAUGUCCUCCGCUAUGAGAAUCAGGCACGGAAGGGAUGAGAAGCCUUGACAAUACAUCAUCAUUAAUAUUGCCAGAAUAUCUCCACACCAAGAUGGAGCAAUCUUGUCCCUACUCAGCACUCGCAAACUACCAAUCCCUCAAACUUGCCCAAGGUGUCCAACAAAAACACCUUGGAGCUGGAAAAUUACUUUCAAGACGUUCUAUCAGAGCACAAGCACAGCAGAACCGCAUAUCGUCUGCAAGUAGAGAAAUACCAGACGUUUUCAAUAACCUCAGAGUUCUGAAGGAUCAAACAUUUCUGACAAACAUUCUGACACCAACGAAGAGUCAGACUUCAAAACUGCCCAAUGGUCUUAUCGACUCUUCGCCGCUGAAAUCAACAAAUAUUUCUUCUUUCAAAGACUUUCGAGACCAACAAGGUCCUUGUUCAAAUCUUGUGGUUGAUGAUGACAUUACUAAUAUCAGCUCCAAUGGACGACAAAAUAGCAGGUCACCUACCAGGAUUAAAGUUUUCACGCCAACCCCAAAGGGGAGUGAGCGUUAUCAUAGUAAAAAGGGACGGCGAUCGAAUAGUGCCUAUAACGGAAGGGAUAAAAACAAAACUUCAGCAGAUGCAAUACAGGGCUUGACCACUGAACCUCAUCCGCUGGAUGCGCAAGCUACUGUGAUUGGCUCCGAGAAAUAUAGGAUGGUGCAAAUUGGCCUGCAAAACAAUGCUAAGAUAGGUGAUGUGAUGACCGAGAUAGAUCGUUUGACUGCACACCCAGGUAUCGUGUCAUCUCAAGGGCAGACGUUACUACCAGAGAUAAACACUGAAGGUGCUGACACUUACGAGUCGUUUAUCACUACAUUCAGCCGGGAUGCUGGUAAUUACACACAUACCAUGGCUGUGACUGAUUUCGCAUCCCGUAAAGGUGUUCUUCCACGGGCCUCACCCCUCCACGCUCAUUACGAACGCAAUGAAGCAAUGAAAGCAGAAGAGGGCCAAAGGGAUUCGGAGUUUCCUAAAAAGCUUGGGCGACAGGUUGGUCGGAAUGGUAAGCUUGAUUUCCGAUACAUGAAGAGGUACAACUCAGAAACGCUGAAAGUACCUGAAGUCCCAUCUUGUCUGCGGCGAACACGCAAACCAAUAUGGCACGCUGAGACCAGUAAACAAACACGACCAGAUCGACCAAGCUCAACACAAAGUGACAGUUCAAUGAGAGCGCGUGUAUCUUCUGUUCAAAAACCAGAUUUGGUGGCCAUUCCACCUGAAAUGGAGUUUUAUAGGUACAAAGUUCCCUCUCCGUUCAAUCAAGAUGUUCCGCUCACCUACAAGUCUACCAAGCCUAUCAAUGACAAUGGCGCUCAUGAUGUCGAGCCAAUCAAAAUCAAGGUACCCACAAUGGCAGCUUUCAUGAGCGACCAAUCAAGUCGGGAAACCGGAUCAGAAUAUUCAAAAGAAUCGAGGUCCAAUUCUGCAAAUGUCUCAGAUACACCGUCAAAGGGUAAACAAGCUGAAAGAGCAGAUCUGCAGAUUGUGGGUGUCACCUUCAGCCCAUCAUCUGGAGAUAUUGGUGACAAUAGACUUAAUGAUCAGUUAGAUGAUGAAAAUGAAGAAGUACUUGAGGGACAGACGAGUGUAGGUCUGAAUAAUCUCAAAAAUAACUCAAAUGGAUUGUCGUCUGCGUCCAAUAGAACAACUCGGUCUCAUCAGAGGUCAAAUUCGCGGCCUACUUCUCAGAUGUCGAAAAAGUCUCAUCUGAACUCGCAGCCAAAGUCAUGUGAUCCAAGCCUGGACAUUCGCUCAGUUCAAAUCAGUUCCCGCAGUUCAACACCAAGGACAAAACCCACAAGAACACCAUCACCAGUCCGAACAGUUGAUCACCCAGAUUGGUCAGGCGAGACGAGGGAUGUGGGAGAAAAUUACAAUUCUGAAGACUCUGAAAGAGACAAGGAUGAUAUGAAUUCGGAUGAGUUAACUGUAACUAAAGUGAAUGAUGUAGAUAACAUCAACAACACUAGUGAUGUAAACAUCGCUGAUGAUGUAGACAAUGAAGUCACUCAAGUUGGUGAUAAUUUGUUCAAUCAAUCUUCAGAAAAUGUCGCCGAAAAUCUGUCAAAUAACAAUGUACACAAAUCUUUAGGUAGUGCUAAGAAUCCAAAGAUGCCUAAUGCUAUGUUCGACAUGAAUGCUUAUGAUGGAUUCCAACACAGCAAGUUCAGGCGAGACACGGACUCCAGGAGGUCAAACCGAGUGGUUUAUAAUGAUGAAACAAAGGUCAAAUACCUGAAGGUCAAGGUCGGAGAACCUGGUUCAGGAAAUAAGGGGUUGGAAGACGGGGUUGGGUUUCAAAGUUAAACUUUGCCGAUAAAAUGCGGUUAUCUGGUUGAUACAAAAGCAUAGUGUACAACGUGUAGGGUCAAGUAAAUGAUUUAACAGCAAUUGCUCCAGUUGGUUUAUUUUGCAAUAGGUUCCCAACAAGUCAGCACCCUCAACGACUAAAAAGCAUCAGGUUCCACUAAGUUGACUAUUAACAUGCCACAA